CUCUUUCCGCUUCGACUGAGUGCGGUGCAGUGGGGAGGACGGGAGAGGAGGAGGAAAGAGAAAGAGAGAGAGAGAAAGAAAGAAAGAAAGAAGGAAAGAAAGAAAGUAAAAAGAAAAGGAAGAAAACCCCCCUCCCUCUCCCCAACCAACAGCACCUUCUUUUCCUCACGAUGCUUCCCUCGCGGCCGCUGGCCCUGCUCCUGCUCCUGGCCUGCACUCUGGGGCCCUUCGCCCCGGUCCUGGCCAGCGAUGUGCUCGACCUGACCGACGGCGACUUCCAGGAGAAGGUGGUGGACCACGAAUUGAUGCUGGUCGAGUUCUUCGCUCCCUGGUGUGGACAUUGCAAACGCUUGGCUCCAGAAUAUGAAUCUGCUGCUACAAGGUUGAAAGGAAAAGUUCCUCUGGCUAAGGUUGACUGCACUGCGAAUACAGAAACAUGUAACAAGUUCGGGGUCAGUGGCUACCCAACCUUGAAGAUAUUCCGCGAUGGUGAAGAAUCUGGUGAUUAUGACGGACCCAGAACAGCAGAUGGAAUCGUCACCACCCUGAAGAAGCAAGCAGGACCCAGCUCUGUAGAAAUUAAAACCGCUGAAGAAUUGGAACUCUUUAUUAAUGAUAUCGAUGGCUCUGUUGUUGGUUUCUUUGCGGAUUCCAGUAGUGCUUCCCAGGCAGAAUUCACUAAAGCAGCAAACGCGCAGAGGGACAACUAUCGAUUUGGGCAAACCAAUUCAAAAGACUUACUUCAGCAGUACCAAAUUGAUGAUGAGGCUGUUAUCUUGUUCCGCCCUCCAAAACUGGCAAACAAGUUCGAGGACAGCAUUGUGAAGUACACGGAAGGGAAGUUCACCAAUGCAAAACUCAAAAAAUUUAUUCAGGAAAACAUCUUUGGUAUCUGCCCCCACAUGACAGAGGAUAACAAAGAUCAGAUGAAGAACAAAGAUAUGCUCGUGGCUUAUUACGAUGUAGACUACGAGAAAAAUCCUAAGGGUUCCAACUACUGGAGAAAUAGAGUUAUGCUCGUUGCCAAGAAAUUCCUGGAUGCUGGUCAGAAGUUGCACUUUGCUGUUGCCAGCCACAAAUCCUUCAGCCACGAUCUCUCAGAAUUCGGCUUGGACAGUGCCUCUGGUGAGGUUCCUGUGGUGGCGAUCAAAACCACCAAGGGGGAUAAAUACGUGAUGCAUGAGGAGUUCACUCGCAAUGGCAAAGCCCUAGAACUUUUCCUUCAGGAUUAUUUUGAUGGCAAGCUGAAACGUUACCUGAAAUCGGAGCCAAUUCCAGAAAACAAUGAUGGGCCUGUGAAGGUUCUGGUAGCUGAGAACUUUGAUGAAAUUGUGAACGACGACACCAAGGAUGUGCUGAUUGAAUUCUACGCUCCCUGGUGUGGCCACUGCAAGAGUUUGGAGCCAAAAUAUAAGGAGCUCGGAGAGAAGUUGGCAGCUGAUCCCAACAUUGUUAUUGCUAAGAUGGAUGCAACAGCCAAUGAUGUGCCUUCACCUUAUGAAGUCCGAGGGUUCCCUACAAUUUAUUUUUCCCCAAUGGGCAAAAAGCAAAGUCCAAAGAAAUAUGAGGGAGGGCGUGAAAUAAAUGACUUACUUGGCUACUUGAAGAAAGAAGCUAAAUACCCACCUGCUGUGGAGUUGGAGGACAAGAAAUCGAAAAAGAAGAAGGGAAAGAAGGAAGAGUUGUAAAUUGCUCACUUAAUAAACGCACCUCAUCUGUGAAAAUAUCGGGAUAUGCAAGAAGUAAUUGGAACCAGGCUUGGGUUAGAGAGAUCUGUGGUGGUGGUGGUGUCACUUUCUAAGAAAAAUCCAUAAUUGGCCAUUCUAGUCCCAUUCUGUAUCAAAUUUUUAACAUGCACUAUUGACAUUGACAAGUUACUGAAUCUCAAAAGGGGCAGAAAUAUUCAGGUUUUGUUUUGGUCUUAUUUUGUACUGGUGAAUGUUUUUGUACAUUUUGAACAAUAAACCCCUUUAAACCG